CGUUUUUGUAAACAAUUCAUGAGAACUAACGAGUUAAAACGUGAAAAAUAAUUGAGGUUUUAAUACAUAAGCGUUUGUCUAUCACUGUUAGAGGCUGGCCAUCGAGUCAACUUUAAAAAAGCACGUUUAGUUGAUAUUGAGCCCCAAAUUGUAAUUAAACGAAAAAUACUCUGAUUUUCAAAUGGUGACAGACAGAAUUCAAAGAUCGACUAGAAAAUAUAUCCAAGAGUCCUUCAACAUCCUCAGUGAUCUUGAUCCUCAUUUUUAGUCCAAGAAAUGGAUAACGAAUUAACCAUCUACAGAGGUGACCUUGAAUCGCAUCCGAAGACUGUUCAAUAUGAAGAAAACAACACUUCACUCAAGCGUAAAAUUGCUAGAGCGUUUAGAGAAGAGAUUCCACCUGAAAGUUUGUAUGAGGUGACGGAACCCUCUGACAACACGGUUUCUGUCGUUCCCGUUUCCCUGCUAUCACCCGGUAGGACCUAUCUUUGGCCCUACACAGAAAAAUGGCAUGACAAGCUUUUGCUUCAAAAUGCUCUUUUUUCAUCGAAUGCAGCCUACCAAAAUGAACCAUUAAAGUAUUUACAAGGACAAGAAAAUAGACAAUUUCACGAAAUAACAAAGAUAAUUGCAGUAAAUAUAAGGCUCGGCAAGCAAGUAGCUUCAUUAUUCCUGGCAUCACGGGGAUUAAAAAAUACCCUAAUAGUGGCAUUUAGAGGUACAAGUUCGAAAGAAGAUGUGCAAUCCGACAUCGAGAUCGGAUUUUCAACUGAUAACAGACUUCAAGGACAAAUUCAUGGCGGAUUUUUAAGUCGAGCUCAAGAAGUCGCAGAGUCACUCGGAGUAAUAUUGAAUAUUGCCAAAGACAACAACGCGCGCCAGAUUCUCACUUGUGGGCACUCUCUUGGGGGAGCAGUCUCAUCAUUGGUACACAUGUUCCUGCUGUUUGAGCUUCAUAAUUCUGAACAGAACGAUAUCAACAUUUCGAAGGAGAAUGUUAUCAACAUAACAUUUGGAGCACCAAUGGUGGGUGACAGAGUGUUUGCCAACUCUGUCCGUGAAAGAGGCUUCACAGAGAACAUUUUUCAGUUUGCUUCUGCCUGGGAUGUAGUUCCUGUCAUCCUUUCUUUCGGUCAUUUCAAGGAGUUCUUACGAAAUGCUCCUGCAAGAACAUGCAAGGAAAAAGUCUUAAAAGCGCUCGGAGUUAUAGGCAGUCUUUUCUUCAAAAUCAGACCUACGGAAACCACGAAACUCUGCCUGGUGGUUCUGGGACUCGAAACCGAAGCGGAUAAAAUUAAGAAUGCAUUGGUCGUUCUGAAAAGUUGCAAAACAACUCUGCAAAGAAGUUUCGACGAAUCGCAUUACGUGCCAAUUGGAAAUUACCUUCGUAUCCGAGAAAAGGAAAUAACUCCUGUGGGCAACAAUGAAAAAAUCAUAGAGCUGUUGCUAAAAGAAGCUCUGCAAUCUGAAGACGUGAGUAUUUCUGAACUACAACAGGGACAUUUGCUCAAAAGUUACUUCAAUUGCAUCAAAAAUAUAAAGGAGUUCGUCACAUGUGACAAAAAUGAUAAAAUCUUAUUGGAUAAGACUACGGUAAUGAACUUCGUAGCAGAUGAUGGCUUGAGCUAUACUUUUGACAAGGCUUGCUCCUUCACUUGUGGGUAUGUUUACUGUUCAAAGCCUCUGUUCUUGAACAAUAAGACUGUGAAACUUUGUCUGGGCUGUAAAGACGACCCUCAGAUGUCGGAACAUGUUUUCCACACGACAUGCUGGGAGCAUUUACACAAGGAAAACGACCCCAAUAGAGGAAACCACGAAUGCACAACGAUAAAUUCGGAUGAUUUAGGAAACAUAGAUGGUCAGGAGAACUUCUUUUAUGACGAAAGUAAGUUCAUAAAAUCUUUGAAAUUAUACUUUUCAACUUUUAUCGUCGCAGGAAAUCAAAUAUACUGGGGUCCAACGUUUCACAGGAAACUUGUAAGAGCUGUUGGCGACUUUGACAAUUCUUUAAAUGAUCGGAAUGUUCUGGGACUCUAUGAAGAAAAGACAUGUACUGAUCAACAUGUUCUGAUCAACAAAACGGAGAAUCAACCAAACAAUGCAUUCCAAAACGGCUUGAAACUUGAAAGUUUGACAAUCAAAGUUACAAAUUUCAUUUCUAAAGUGAAAAGGCAGGAAAUUAUCACUGAGAAGUCUAUCGCAUUAUCAACUUUAUUUUGCUACAACUCGAUAUGUGAUCUUACAAGUUUUUACAAAGGAAAAAUUAACAAAACGGCAUAUGCUAAAUAUUUGACCGAGAACUUUGCAGCAAGUCUAAGUUCCGCAUUCUUCAGUUGGGGGGCGGAGUGUAUCAGUACCCAGAUACCGUUUCAAGUCGCAUACCCUCAUCAUACACCAUGGUUUUCUUACACUGUUUCCGCUUUUGGAAUUCCAUGCGGGUUCCUUGGCGGAGUUAUGGGCUACGUGUGGUUAAAAAAAAUCUCCGCACGUGCCGGUUGGAUCAAAACGGAAGAAGACAAAAUGAAAGCAGACAUUAUAGCUGACGCUCUGAACUUCUUGGAUGUUCCACUAUCCAACAACGAUUUUCGUAAGCUGACUAAAAGUGACGUCACAAAAUGCGCCAAAAAGAAAAGUCUCUUUUAUUACUCCGCUGCAAGUUCACCAGGAGCAACCGAGGAAGAAAGAAAUCAGAAUGAAGUUUUGAGGCAAAUGGUUCAAUUGUCUCAAAAGAUUCUGAUUAAGUUCUGCCAGGAUUCGCAAGUGCUGAGUAAUUGUGUGAUAAAACUCGUACAACCGAAAUCAAUGUUGCGCGAAGAUUUUCAGGUGCACAAGAUGAAGGAAAAACUCGACAAAUUAAACAAGUAUUGGGAAAAAAUCGGCUCUAAUAGAGUCAUACAACUUGCAGCAACCCAAAAUUGAAAAAAAGAGCGGCUAAAAUGUGACGAAGUAAGUAUAGUACAUUAAAUAACUGCACCAUCUAAAUAUCACUACUAAAUACGCUUGAUGCUUUUGUACAUAUCUUUUCAAUAAACAGCUUUUAAAAUUAUCGAAAGUAGCUCGUUUUAAAUAAAAUUAUCAAUGUGAUAACUAAGAAACACAUAAUCAUAAUGAUAUUUUACAUUCAAUGCAUUUAAUACAUUCAAGUAUACAUUCAAAAAACUACUUGUAUCAGGGCGAUGACCUGAAUGUUCCGACCGCCAUUAAACAUCUAUGGAGGAGUGCUCAAUU